UCCCUCGGCCUAGCCUAUGCGUUGUACACCAAGGAGAGUGUUACCAAUGCACUCCAGGUUCCCAGCGCAGACUAUGUGACGCUGCUGGGCAUCAUGUCCAAGAACGACUAUACCGAGAACAUUCCCGGCCUUGGAAUAGUUCGCAACCUGGAAAUCAUCCGCGCUCUUCCCUAGUCGCCCGAUAUCCGCCAGAUGCUCGAUGCUUACAGGUUCACGGCAGCCAUCAAAACCCAUGAGGAUAUCGACCAGACCCGAUUCAAGCCAUCGGAAGACAUCUUUUUGGGUCUCGAGGAGAAAGUGCUCCAAUCGCAGCCAGGAGAUGAGGCCGCCGAUGAGGACAUGCUCGGCUUUGAUUUUAACAUUGCAUCGCCGCAGUUCCGGCACUUUAAGGCGGAACGAUUUGCCGUCACUGCAUAUCAGCAUGCGAGUAGAAGUGCGGUUCCCUUCUACGUUGCGAGGAAAUCAAAGCGCAACCAGUUCCGGCCGAUCUUUUCUGACAAGAAAUCGAUCCUACCACGACAAUCGAUUGACUUCUCGACUGCCGUAUCUCACGAUCGCCUGCAGCCAAAAGCAAAGCCCCGCGUUAAGACUCAGAAGGCGGUCGCGAAAAAGAACAAGAAAAAGAGGAAGAAGGGGGCACUGCUGAGGAAGCGGAAAGGGGCGGGCUUCGCCAACCCAUCGAACCCAAGGCCCGCUUCUGCAACUGCAGCGGACCGCCGCCUCCGCAAGCUGCAUAUAACCAAGGCACUCACUGUGGGGAGUAUCCGGGCCAACAUAAAGCGAAUGGAUCGGAUAUCGGCUGCAGAAAGCAAGCUCCUUUCAGACAGGCUACGUUCAGCGGUUGCGAUCCUUAACGCGAUCUAGAUGCAUAUGUACGAGGUCAUUGCACUGGAUAUCGCGCGGCUUGUUCGUUCCAAAAACAUAGCGACAGAUGUAUCACAGCGGACGGAGGACAUGCAGACAUUAUCAACAGCAAGGCCUUCUACUUUGCACUCAACACACUCUUGUGCAGUGGUCAAGAAGGACGAGGUUCCCAGGCUGUUCGAGUAUCGAUUGCCCCUGCGCUCAGAAUAAGCACUCGAAAUACGCCGUUGGUCCCUGCUGCCCCGCAACCGCAAGCACAAGCACAAGCACAAGCACAAGCACAAGCACAAGCACAAGCACAAGCACAAGCACAAG